GAUUUACAAUGUUGUGUUAGUUUCACGUUUACAGCAAAGAGAUUCAGAUAUAUAAAUAUAUUAUUUUUCAGAUUCCUUUCCAUUAUGGGUUAUUACAAGAUAUUGAAUAUAGUUCCCCAAGUCCUUGUUUAUCUGCUCACUCUUUCUUAUCCUUGGAUUUAGCUCACACACAUUCCCUUAGCAUUUUCGUGACCAUCCACUACUGUAUAUACUCACUAUCACCUUUCUGUUACUGUUUUCUCAGUACUUACUGUUAUUUAAUACUUGUCUAGUUUUCUUUAAAAAAAUUUUUUCUCAUCUGAACUUGUUGAAGGCUGUGGUCCCUGGACUCAGGACAGUGUCCAGCAGGGGAAAGAGCUCAGUAAUAUAUAUUUGUUGAAUAAAUGAACAAAAUGAAAUAAAGUGGUGUGAAAAGGGUGUAGACAAGGCGAUGGGACAUAUUAAAAACUCAUCAACAUUAGCAGUUUGGUUUUAUAUACUCUUGUUAUUUAUGGAGUCAGAUGCACUACGAGGUUGGCCUAUACUCUUGUUAUUUAUAACAUCUACAUUUCAGAAGAGGAGAUUCGUGUUUACAUUUGCAUAACAAACUUGGUCAAGAAAGUAAUUGGUCUAGAACAAUAGUCCCAUAUCAGAGGUGAGCCCAGAUUCCAACAAUGCAAAACAGAAUUUCUCUUUCCCCACCCACAAGGUUUACCAAAAAUUCUUAAGUGGUUUUCCCCCUGGCUAAAUGUGACAUCUAUUAAAAUGACAGAAGGUUACAGUUACUUAAGGGUGAUGCAGACACGACCUUUGGAAGGGAAAGUUAUUUCCACCUGGAGUUUACGCGGAUACUGGAUUGGCCUCUGAUGGAUAGGUAAGAUAAAAUGAGUAAACAGACGGAUGGACUGGGAGGGAUGCGUGUAGGUGGCGGGGGGGGGGGGGUUACCCCGCAAUUUCCGUCAGAGCCACCAAAAACCAUCCCAAAUAAACCUUCAAGCUAAGUAAGAGAACUGGACCUGCUUUGCAAAUACAGCAGCUUUAACCAUGUCCAAUCAGAUCCCACCCAUAUGCCUCUCCUAACCAUUUUGGGGCUGUUAACUGGAUCUAGGUGUAGAGAGAAGACCAUAGCCUGGACUCCAUUUCCUCUUCUUAAAUGAAUGGUGGUAAAUAAGGUUAAGGCUGGAAUCAAGAGCCUCAAAUGCCAGGGCAAGAGCCUGCACCAUUAAGAUCUCUAGGGCGAUCAGUAAAUGACCUCAUGAGUAAUGUGGUUAGAGAGGAAAGAGACCAAUGUGAGGAGGCCAGAGAGAAGGCUGUUAAUUGUCCAGGCAAAAAAGGCAACAUGGGCUCCAGAAUCACAGGAGAAUUAAUACGAACAAUUUUAAAGAAAAGAAAAAAGAAAGAUGGGACAAGAGUCAUACAGGUCAGAGGAGUCCAGUAGAGCUGUGCGGACCCGAGGCGCAGCAGCAUGUUGCUCGAGGGUUUCAAGGGGUUUGUUCUAAUGCUUUUGGCCCAUAGGAUACAAAUAUUCUGUACCUCUUCAAAAUAGUAGCCCCUUGUGUCUACUGGCCAUAUCAUGAAAUAGAAAUAAUGAAGGCACUGUAUCUUUUAAAAAAAAUCCCCUUUUGUAGCACUUCCUUAAAAACAGCCACUUAAUGCAACUCUGCCAGUGAGUUCUUGACAGUUCUUUCUUAACGAUUCUGAUGUUAAUGAAACAACUUGCUAAAGGGUUGAAGUGUCUUCCUGGUAAGUGUUUAGCUUAUGUUUUUCAAAAUUCCUUGUAGUAACUGUUAAUUUUCUUCUUUGGCCUAAUGAGUGUUUCUCACUGACGGCCUAUUCUGAUACUAAAAAUUAAGCAAUUAAAGUGAUCAAUAAUGUUUUCAAGCUUUUUCCUUCCCUUUGGGUUUGCUACUUUCAAGAGUCAUGAUGGUUUGGGGGAUAUUUUAGUCAAAGUGAGUAGUUCCAUGUAAGUAUCUAAUUCAAAGUACUACACUCAGGUUAUUUUGAUAUUAUUUGAUGAUAACUCAAGUUAUUUACUUUGGUACUUAUGAGUUGAGGCAUAAUUAAUUGAAUGUUAUUGACAUGGCCUUUUAAAAAUACAUAUACUGAUAAUAUCCAUUAGGGACCAUAGCCCAAACAGUGAUUUAUGGAUUAUUUUUCUGCUAAAUUGUUUAACACCUCCCACACUGGGAAGCUGGGUUUUUUUUUUUUUUUUUUUCCCCUAGCUUUACUGAGAUAAUUGACACGUAACAUUGUAUAAGCUUAGACUAUACAACAUGAGCAUUUGGCAUAUAUCUAUAUUGGGAAAUAAUUGCCACAGUAAAAUUAGUUAACAUACCCAUCACCUCACAUUGUUACCUUUUGUUAUGGUUUUUCUUCUCAUAUUCUCUUUUAAACGACAUAGUAAUUUCAAAGAAUAGAAUUUUGAUGUUUGACAUUAUAUUGAUGUGUUAUGGCUAUGGUAUAAUAACAGCAUUAGAUUAUAUCACCUUAUUGUAUUAUUCAGUGUUAAAGAGUAAGUUCAUUGUGUUUGCAGGAUAAAUGCUAAAAACUUGUAUAAACAGAGCUGGUUGAUGUGUUUAAUGAAAUGAUAAGGCAUGUUGGACCCAACCUACGUUCUUUCUUGUUAUGUGGAUUUGUUUGUUUUUUGUGUAGUUUUAUAGAACAAAGUUAUAAAGUUAAAAAAAACAUUUAAUGUGGGUCAGUAUGAUAAUUGUUAUUUAAAACAAAAUCUAAAUGACUUACAGAGAUAAAGUAGGUAACGUAAAAUUAUAGACUGGGGCUCUUAACCUAGGAUUUUAGAAUGUCUACGUGUGGGUUUCAGAAAGUACAUUUUAUUUGUAAUGUAUUUUAUUUUUUUGUUUUUGUUUAUUUUUGUUUUGGGAGGAGGUAAUUAGAUUUAUUUAUUUACUUAUUUUUUAAUGGAGGUACUGGGUAUUGAACCCAGGACCUCAUGCAUGUUUACCAUGCACUCUACCACUGAGCUCUACCCUCCCCCUAUGUAAUGUAAAUUCACAUUUCAUGAGAGAAAAGGCAUAUUUUUCACUAGAUUCUCAGAAGUCUAUAUGACACCAGAAAGGUUUAAAAAAAAAAAUCACACACAGACAUAAAAAUCACUGUUAUAGAGAGCCAUGCUAAAGUUAAAAGAGUUUGAUUUCCAGUAUUUUAAAAGGAUUUUGAAAUACUUAAAUAUACUCAAAUUAUUUCUGUAUUUUCAUAUAAGUUGUUUACAUAAUUAACUAUUUAGUUAUUUUAACAUUUAAAAAAUUUUAUAAUGAAAGAAAAGCAAAAAUAAAUCCUUGUAGGAAUUUCUUUAGAAAGAAAAUUUGUACUUGUCAAAGAGAAUUCAGAUGGUACUUUUAGUUUAUAUAAGGUAUAUCCCAGAAAAUAUUUUAAGGAAGGUUCUUUUAAUUUAGAGGCAAAUCAAAUAGAGACACUAUUUAAUUUUGUUUUUUAAAUAUUAAUCUUUUCCAGAAGUGCCAGUUUAUUAAUGAAGCAUGCAGGCUUGUGUUGAACAAGACAAGCUGGGUCAAGCAUUUGAAGAUGCUUUUGAAGUAUUGAGGCAAAAUUCAACUGGAGAUCUUCAGUACUCUCCAGAUUACAAAAAUUACCUGGCUUUCAUCAACCACCGUUAUCAUGUCAAAGGAAAUUUCAACAGCUGUGGUGUGCUGCCUACAGAGGAACCCAUCUAUAAUCGGAGAACAGUAAUAAACAGUGCUGCAGACCUCUAUUUUGAAGGAAAUAUUCAUCAAUCUCUGCAGAACAUCCCUGAAAACCAGCUGGUACAACCUGCUGUUCUCCAGCAAAAGGGAGGAAAAGGAAGGAAGAAGCUCCGACUGUUUGAAUACCUUCACGAAUCCCUGUGUAAUCCCGAGAUGGCGUCUUGUAUUCAGUGGAUAGAUCAAACCAAAGGCAUCUUUCAGUUUGUAUCAAAAAACAAAGAAAAACUUGCCCAACUUUGGGGGAAAAGAAAAGGCAACCGGAAGACCAUGACUUACCAGAAAAUGGCCAGAGCCCUGAGGAAUUAUGGAAGAACUGGGGAAAUCAUCAAAAUCCGGAGAAAGUUAACUUACCAAUUCAGUGAGGCCAUUCUCCAAAGACUUUCUCCAUCUUAUUUCUUGGAAAAAGAUAUCUUCUACUCACAGUAUGUUCAACCCGACCAAGGAUAUCUCAGUUUAAAUAACUGGAAUGCAAAUUAUAAUUAUACAUAUGCAAAUUACCAUGAGCUAAGUCACCCUAAUUGCUAAAUGCACUCUUACAUUUCAAUUUUCUAGCAUUGGAAAUUCCUACAAAUUUUAGGAUUUUUCACUUAAAGCAAAUACUGAAGAAAAAAUAACUUUAUUAUUGCUGUCUUUUGUGAACUAGUACAUAAUCUCUACUAACUUGAGAAAUUUUGCCAGUGAACAACUUUAAAAUGAUCAAGUCUCAUUUGAAAGUAUAGACUAAAUGUCCUUCCUCUAACCAUUGUCUUUGCAAUGCUUUCUUCUAGAUUAAUAAUGCCAGUAGAGAUUAUUUGAUUUAUAUAUUGAUUUAAACAUUGUUUUCCUGUCAUACACUCAGAC